ACGGCAGAAACAAUGUUCUUCUGUGUCAGUUCCCUCGAUCUCCGGCCCAGCUGCACUUUGAUCAUUCACGUUUCCUCCAAAUGCAUGUUGUCUUUAAUUAAUUGAGUGUCUCGUGGAAAGCGAGGUGCGGGAGACAGGCAGAGAACGGCUAAAGCUACACAAUUAAAAUACAAACCAAGACUGCUGAGUUUACUGAAUGCAGGUGCUGAAGUGACUAAUAAGCUUUUUUGUGGUUAAUGUUUUGCUCUGAGAGCAGAUCCAGGAGCUGAGAUGGAGGGCAUGGAUUUUGAGGAUGAGAAGUCCAAGAGGUACUGCAUGAAGAAAAAGCAUGUGGCUAUCAUCUGUGGUGUCGUGGUUGUUGUAGGACUUGCUGUGGGGCUUGGUGUGGGAUUGAGCAGACCUAAAGCUCCAGAGGCAACAAAGCAACCAACAACAGAUCAGACGACAACAACAGAACAGCCUCCUCCCCCAAUGGAUUUGGGUCCCUGUCCUUCCAAGAAUGAUGACACUGGAGAGUGGAGAGAUUUUAGGCUGCCCACUUACGUCAAACCUGUCCACUAUGAUCUGGAAAUCAAGCCUGAAAUGGAGCAAGACACUUACACUGGGACAGUCAGUAUAUCUAUUGCUUUGGAAAAACCAACCAGCUCCCUGUGGCUUCACCUGCGAGACACCAAGGUUACAGAAAUACCCACACUCCGGAAAUCUUCAGGACAGCAGAUUGCUGUGAAUGACUGCUUUGAGUACAAGCCACAGGAAUACAUUGUGAUGAAGGCAGCAGCAGAGCUCCCUGCCACUUUUGAAAGUGAUCCCUAUGUGCUCACCCUGAAGUUUCAAGGCUGGCUGAAUGGUUCACUGGUUGGGUUUUAUAGGACCACCUAUACUGAGAACGGACAGAUCAAGAGCAUUGCAGCUACUGAUCAUGAGCCAACAGAUGCACGGAAAUCAUUUCCCUGCUUUGACGAGCCAAACAAAAAGGCAACUUACACCAUAUCCAUCAUCCAUCCAGAUGCGUACCAAGCGCUUUCCAACAUGCCAGUACAGCAAACAGUACAGCUUGGUGAUGGCUGGAAUCGAACAACUUUUGAGAAGUCAGUCCCCAUGAGCACGUACUUGGUAUGCUUUGCAGUGCACCAAUUUACCUGGGUAGAGAGAACAUCUGCAAGUGGAAAACCUCUGAGAGUUUAUGCCCAGCCACAGCAAAUACACACAGCAGAAUAUGCAGCAGAUGUAACAAAAACUGUAUUCGACUUCUUUGAACAGUACUUUAAUUUGAGCUACUCUCUUCCAAAACUGGAUAAAAUAGCAAUUCCAGAUUUUGGGACAGGUGCUAUGGAGAACUGGGGGCUGAUCACAUACCGAGAAACAAACCUGCUGUAUGAUCCUGAGGAGUCAGCCACAUCCAACAAACAGAGAGUAGCUACUGUGAUAGCCCAUGAGCUGGUUCAUCAGUGGUUUGGAAAUAUUGUAACCAUGGACUGGUGGGAUGACUUGUGGCUAAAUGAAGGAUUUGCCAGUUAUUUUGAGUUCCUGGGAGCAAAUGCAUCAGAACCAGACUGGAAUAUGCCUGAACAGGUUUUAAUUGAGGAUGUGCUUCCUGUACUGAAGGAUGACUCUUUGCUGUCUUCCCACCCAAUUGUAUCCAAUGUGUCAUCUCCAGCUGAAAUCACCUCUGUGUUUGAUGGGAUAUCCUACAGUAAGGGUGCAUCGAUCCUCAGAAUGAUUCAAGACUGGAUUACACCAGAGCUCUUCCAGAAAGGCUGUCAGGCAUAUUUAAAGAAAUACCAUUUCCAGAAUGCCAAGACACAACAAUUUUGGGAAGCUUUAGAAGAGGCAAGUAAUAAACCUGUGAAGGAAGUCAUGGACACAUGGACUAGGCAGAUGGGCUACCCUGUUUUGGAGAUGGGAGAUAAUUCAAUAUUCACACAGAAACGUUUUCUUUUGGAUCCCAGUGCAAAUGCUUCUCAUCCUCCUUCUGAUCUUGGUUACAAAUGGAAUAUACCAGUCAAAUUUGAGGGUGGUGAUUCAUCAGAAUAUAUUUUCUACAAUGCAUCAGAUUCUACAGGAAUUAGAAUACCAGCUUCUUCUGAUACUUUUGUGAACGUUAAUCCAGACCACAUUGGAUUCUUUCGGGUGAAUUAUAAUAGCCAAAACUGGUCCAGCUUAAGCAAUCUUCUGCUCCAAAACCACACAAGGUUUUCAUCUGCUGGUCGCGCAGGGAUUUUGGAUGACGCCUUUUCUUUAGCAAGACCUGGACGUGUGAAUUACACUGUUCCCCUGGAACUCACAAAAUACCUGGAAAAGGAAACAGACUAUUUACCUUGGAAUAGAGCUAUAUCAGCUGUAACUUACCUUGCAAACAUGUUUGAAGAUGAUGAAAAUCUCUACCCCCUGUUUCAGGAAUAUUUUCGCAAACUGGUAAAACCAACUGUGGAUAAACUGGGCUGGGAGGAUUCUGGAGACCAUUUGCAGAGGCUUCUUCGUGCAUCUGUUCUAGACUUUGCCUGCAGUAUGAAUGACCCAGAAUCUUUAAGCAGUGCUUCUCAGCUCUUCGAUAGAUGGUUACGAGGACAAACUAUUCCUGCAAAUCUCCGACUCAUAGUAUAUCGCUAUGGGAUGCAGAACUCGGGGAAUGAGACAUCAUGGAAUUACAUGUUCGACAAAUACCAAGAAACUUCAUUAGCCCAAGAAAAAGAAAAGCUGCUAUAUGGCCUGGCAUCAGUGAGGAACAUCACCCUUUUGGACAGAUAUCUGAAAUAUAUUUACAAUACCAACCUCAUCAAAAGCCAAGAUGUGUUCACGGUCCUGAGAUACAUCUCAUAUAACACCUAUGGGAAAACAAUGGCCUGGGACUGGAUACGACUGAACUGGCAGUACUUAGUUGACAGAUUCACUAUAAAUGACAGAAACCUUGGUCGAAUAGUAACUAUUGCCCAAAACUUCAACACUGAGCUCCAGCUUUGGCAGAUGGAAAAUUUCUUUGAAAAAUACCCUAAUGCUGGGGCAGGAGAAAUGCCCAGGAGUCAGACACUAGAGCAAGUGAAGAGCAACAUUGAAUGGCUGAAAGAAAAUAAGGAGGAAAUACAAUCAUGGCUGAAAGGCACAUUUGGAGGGAGCGAGGCGGCCCCAGUGCCCCGACGGUUGCGACCUUCGGUGGUCCCCUGUGGGGCUUCACUCUCCUCACGGGGAAAUGAGACUGUAUCUCAGGGCAUGCGGACCCAGGCCGCGUCCAUAGCCCGCUCCCGACGGGAAGCUCCAGCCCGGAAAAUUGCGCCUCUCUCCCAAAACUCCCAGAUAUAUGCCAUUGAAGAGUCGCGGCCGCGCAGGGCCUGCCGAGCCGCCCCCUCCCCGAGUGGGGUCCGGCCCAGGCUCUUGCCGAAGCGGUGCCGCGGAACCUGUCCCCACCUCGGUCACGCUGCCUCCCUCCCGUGGGGCUGCAGCCCGUGGGGCCCCGCUCGCACGCUGCCACCGCCGGGCUGCGCCGCCAGAGCUGCCGGGCACGGGCUGCUGGCGGCCCUGCGAGGUCGCGGGGCCAGGGUCGGGCCGGUGGCCCCCCCGCGCCGUCACAGCCCGCCCUCCGAGAAGGCAGGCUCGGCUCGGAUCCGUCUGUGGCUGCGGCAGCGUUUGCCCUGCCCCGCCUGGCCCCGCGGAGGGGGGAGCGACCUGCGCUGUCCCUGCACUUCGGGGCGGGAGGGGGGUGGUCACAGCCGCAAGGGAGAAAGCGACCAAACAAGCCACCCUCAUCCCCGAAAUCACGGAUCGACCAGAGGGACGUUCGUCGAGCACCGACAGAGGGCUGGCUCCCUGCGCAGGGGCGCGGAGCACCGGCUCCGUUCUGCCCGCUCCAGUCCCGCGGAUCUGCCUGGCACAACCGGCAUGGGAGACCCCCCCGCCACGCCACUCGCACACCCCCCGCAACCCCGUCCGCGGCGGCGGGAGAAGGCGGGAUGA